AUGGCUCGGAGAUGUGUUGGAAUUGUCCCAGUUGGUGGUUUUCUUCUCGUUCCUUUGUGUGUUACAGGAUGCCUAGGCACAGACACCGAGGAACGUCUGGUGGAGCACCUGCUCAGUCCAGGCCGCUACAACAAGCUCAUCCGGCCAGCUACGAACGGUUCGGAACAAGUCACCGUACAGCUGAUGGUGUCCCUGGCCCAACUCAUCAGCGUGCAUGAACGGGAACAGAUAAUGACGACCAACGUGUGGCUGACUCAGGAAUGGGAGGACUACCGGCUGACGUGGAACCCCGCCGAGUUUGACCACAUGAAGAAAGUGCGUCUACCCUCCAAGCACAUCUGGUUACCGGAUGUCGUCCUCUACAACAAUGCCGAUGGCAUGUAUGAGGUGUCCUUCUACUCUAACGCGGUUGUGUCGUACGACGGCAGCAUCUUUUGGUUGCCUCCAGCCAUCUACAAGAGCGCCUGUAAAAUAGAGGUCAAGCACUUCCCUUUCGACCAGCAGAAUUGCACCAUGAAAUUCCGCUCGUGGACUUACGACCGAACCGAGAUUGACCUCGUUUUGAAGAGCGAUGUGGCCAGUCUAGACGACUUCACUCCCAGCGGCGAAUGGGAUAUCAUGGCACUUCCGGGGAGGAGGAAUGAGAACCCAGACGACCCUUUGUAUGUAGAUAUCACCUACGACUUCAUCAUCCGCCGCAAACCUUUAUUCUACACCAUCAAUCUCAUCAUCCCGUGUAUUCUGAUCACGUCAUUGGCGAUCCUCGUCUUCUAUCUGCCCUCGGACUGCGGAGAGAAGAUGACUUUGUGCAUCUCGGUCUUGCUGGCUCUCACUGUCUUCCUGCUUCUGAUUUCCAAGAUUGUGCCACCCACCUCGCUCGAUGUGCCGCUAGUCGGCAAGUACUUGAUGUUCACCAUGGUUCUGGUGACCUUCUCCAUCGUGACCAGCGUCUGUGUGUUAAACGUGCACCACCGAUCUCCCACCACGCACACCAUGCCGCCGUGGGUCAAGGUGGUGUUUCUAGACAAGCUGCCCACUUUGCUGUUCAUGAAGCAGCCCCGGCAGAACUGUGCCCGCCAGAGGCUGCGCCAACAGAGGAAGAACCAAGAGAGAGCCACGGGGAGCAUCUUCCUCCGAGACAGCGCCAAAUCUUGCACCUGCUAUGUCAACCAGGCCACGGUGAAGAAAUACGGGGGGCAGCUCCCCGAUUUACCCGAGGGGGUCAAUGGCUUCCGGGAUCGGCAGGGGAAAAUGCGACAGUGUCUCUGUGGCCUGGAGGAGGCGGUGGAAGGGGUGCGCUUCAUUGCCGACCACAUGAAGAGCGAAGACGAUGACCAGAGCGUGAGCGAGGACUGGAAGUAUGUUGCCAUGGUGAUCGACCGCCUUUUCCUCUGGAUCUUCAUCUUCGUCUGCGUCUUCGGGACGGUCGGCAUGUUCCUGCAGCCCCUCUUCCAGAACUACACCGCAAACACUUUACUACAACUGAAUCACGCUGCCCCCACCACAAACUAAGGUUGGCGGAGGCCGCGCGCGCCUACACACACACCAUGCUGCAACCUUAACGUCUUCGGACUUAUUGGUAGGACUGAGAAAGAAAAACAUGGAUGCCCUUCCAGCCAAAACUAUAUCGAGAUAACUUUUUACAGAACGCGGGAUAGGCAAGAGAUCCCCCAAAAAGCCACCACGCAACGAUUGAGACCUUGCCGAGAGCUUGAGAACGGACCCUCGCGUGUAUAACUUUCCUUCACCGCAAGGUGGUAAAGCGGAAAGUGCGAGAGGUUGUCUUAAAGUGUGUGUGGGGGCGGGGGUGUCACUACUUAAUUCAAGCAAUAAAGCACGCGAGAAUAGCUGUAUCCAAAGCCAUGAGGUCUCCACUUGUACAUCGGGCCGAAAUUCCGUCUUGACCGAAUAUCGCCCCCCGGCGUGGCGCAGAGAGGGCAGGCCUCACCCAAUGGCGACUUGUCUUAGGACCGUGAACACAACAUAUUUAUUAAUAUGCACUGAACUAUAUAGGAAUGUGUCCUGUAAAAGAUUUAUUAUGCAGAUUUUAUGAUUUUACUUGAGCUUCUAUCCCCCCUCCCCCAGCUCCCGCCGGUUUAUUUGCGUCCACCUUCACGGCUGCGACUAGGAAUAUUUUUGCACCAAUUGUAUUUUAAGAU